AUGAAGCAUCUAAGUUAUAAUUUUUAUAAUCUAAAGGAAUAUAGUGCUCAGCCUUUAAAAAAAAUAGUAUUAAACUCUUCUUUCAGAACUAUUAAUGAAAGAAAAAAAAUGAAUAUUAUUUCACUAUAUCAAGUGUAUAGUUUAUUAAAUCCAAAAUUUAAUAAAGCUAAGGGUUCUAUUUCUAACUUUAAGUUAAGAAAGGGUUCUGUUGUGGGGGUUUAUAUUACAUUAAGCUCUACAGACAGUAUAAAUAAUUUUUUAGUUAAAUUAAUUCAAUUGAAAACUCCUAAUAUAGAUUUAAAUCCUAUUUCUAUAGAAUCAUUUGAUAAAUAUGGAAAUGUAUCUAGAGGAUUUAAAAAUAUUAAAGAAUCUCCUGAGUUUACUGAAUUAUAUGAUACAGUUAAUUAUAAUAUUGGAUACAAUGUUAAUUUUGUAUUCACGAAGUGUGAGAGCUUAGCAGAGAAUGUUUUUAAAUUAUCGUCUUUAAAACUUCCGUUACGUGACUAA